GUUUCAGUAAACGUGAUUUUAAAUUUUAUGUUAAGCACAACAAAAAUAUCUAAGUGCACCUUAGUUAACAGCUCAUAUUUAAACCAAGAUGGAAGUAACCGACGAGAAUCUGGCUACCUUAGCAAACUACUUGCAUCAAACUCUGAAUCCUGAUCCUAACGUGCGGCGACCCGCGGAGAAGUUUCUGGAGAGUGUAGAAGUGAACCAGAACUAUGCCAUCCUGCUGCUACACCUGGUGGACAAGGAGACGGUGGACAGCACCAUCCGAGUUGCCGCUGCCAUCGCCUUCAAGAAUUACAUCAAGAGGAACUGGCCUGUGGAAGAAGACAAUACUGACAAGAUCCACGCAUCAGACCGAGCCACAAUCAAGACUUUGAUCGUGUCCCUCAUGCUGAAGUCCCCGGAAUCCAUACAGAGGCAGUUCAGCGAUGCCGUCUCCAUCAUUGGCAAGUGUGACUUCCCGGAGAAGUGGCCCGGGCUCAUUCCGGAGAUGGUUGAGAAGUUUGCCACAGGCGACUUCCACGUGAUCAAUGGCAUUCUUCGCACGGCGCACUCCCUGUUCCGCCGGUACAGGAUCGAGUUCAAGUCUCAGAAACUGUGGGAGGAAAUCAAACAUGUGCUUGAUAACUUUGCUAAGCCGCUCACUGACUUGUUUGUUGCAACCAUAGACCUAACGACAAAGCACGCAGACAACCAACAAGCCCUCCGAGUGAUCUACGGCUCCCUAGUGCUCAUCUGCAAGGUCUUCUAUUCCCUCAACUACCAAGACCUGCCGGAGUUUUUCGAGGACAACAUGCCUAUCUGGAUGCCGAAUCUGCUGAACCUACUGCAAGUCAAAGUGCCGUGUUUGGAAGAUGAUGGUGACGAAGACCGACCAGGUGUGAUGGAAGACCUUCGGUGUGAAGUAUGCGAGUGUGCGGCCUUGUACGCUCUGAAAUACGAAGAAGAGUUCGCACCGCACGCUCCCGGCUUCGUUACGGCGGUGUGGCACGUUCUGUUAGCUACAGGACCUCAGGCCAAAUAUGAUGCUCUGGUAUCGAACGCCCUCACAUUCCUGGCCAAGAUAGCAGAGAAGAACAGUUACAAGAGUCUCUUCGAAGACCCGGCCACCCUCAGCAGCAUCUGCGAGAAAGUGGUCAUCCCCAACAUGGAGUUCAGAGAAUCUGAUAUGGAGCUCUUUGAAGACAACCCGGAAGAGUAUGUAAGGAGAGAUAUAGAAGGCUCAGACGUGGACACUAGACGUCGAGCCGCGUGCGACCUAGUACGGACCCUAGCUCAGCAUUAUGAAGAGAAGAUGAUGAAUAUCUUCGGGCAAUAUGUGCAGCUAAUGUUAGCGAAGUAUGCCUCGCGCGGCGCCGGCGCGUGGCGCGGCAAGGACGCCGCCAUGUACCUGGUGACGUCGCUGGCGUCGCGCGGCGCCACGCAGGCCAGCGGCGUGACGCGCGCCUCGCCGCUCGUGGACCUGGUGCACUUCGCCACCGAGCACGCCGCGCCGGAGCUGGCCAGGCCCGACGUAAACGAAUUACCUGUUCUAAAAGCGGACUCCAUCAAAUACCUGAUGACGUUCAGGUCUCUCCUGCCGAAGCAAUUGCUGGUCAAUGCCUUCCCUCUACUGAUAGAACACAUAAAAGCGCGCGGCGUCGUAUGCACAUACUCCGCCUGCUGUAUAGAGAAGCUCAUCGGAGGUGGAAUGAUCACAAAACCGGCCUUAGAACCACACGCCCCUGCGUUACUCACGACGCUGUUCGCAGCGUUAGGCGACCACGCCUCGCCUGAGCAGCAUAAUGAAUAUGUCAUGAAAGCGAUUCUUCGUACACUAUCGUGCCUGCAAGAGUCCGCGCUACCAUUCCUCGGCACAGCGUUACCAAAACUCGCCCAAAUGUUGUCCGUGGUCGCCAAGAACCCUUGCAAGCCUCACUUCAACCACUACCUCUUCGAAACACUGUCAUUGGCAGUUUCGCUGGUGACCAAGUCGAAUCCUAACGCCAUCACCGCUUUCGAAGACGCUCUGUUCCCGAUCUUCCAAGAAAUCCUGCAGAAUGACGUACAAGAAUUCAUGCCCUACGUGUUCCAAAUGCUGUCCCUCCUGCUCGAGCUGCGCGGCGCCAUGCCAGUCGCCUCGGGCGACGGGGACGCCUACGGAGCCCUACUACCGUGCCUUGUAGCACCUCCAUUGUGGGAGCGAGCGGCUAACGUGCGGCCGCUAGUGAGGCUGCUCUGUGCGUUCGUCACUGCGAGGGCCGAGCUUAUAUUACGGGAGGGAAAACUUAACGCCAUGCUGGGUGUGUUCCAGAAGUUAAUAGCAUCUAAAACGAACGACCACGAAGGCUUCUAUUUAAUACAGACCAUGCUGUUCAAAUUCGGAGAGUCCACAAUGCAGCCAUACACGAAGCAGAUCAUGACACUUCUCUUCCAGCGCCUAUCAUCAUCGAAGACCACUAAAUACGUCCGCGGGCUCAUCGCUUUCCUUGGCUUUUACGCGGCGCAUUUCGGUGCCGACAACCUUAUAGAUCUCGUGGAUUCUGUUCAAAAUGGCAUGUUCGCGAUGUACAUGGAGCGCGUACUCAUCCCCGACCUACAGAAGGUGGACGGCGCGCUAGAACGGAAGGCGGCCGCCGUCGGCUGCGUCAAACUACUCACAGAAGCUAACCAGAUGAAGCAAGGACGCCUCGCACCGUUAUGGCCACCGCUCAUGCAGGCGCUGAUCUCCCUAUUCGAGCUACCAACGGACUCCACCUCGCUACCCGACGACCACUUUGUAGAGGUGGACGACACGCCCGGCUACCAGGCCCAGUACUCGCAGCUGACCUGCGCUAAGGGCGCCAACAGCGAUCCUCUAUCAGUGAUCGCGGACCCGCAGCGCUUCCUCGCCGAGAGCCUCGGGGCGCUGUCGCGGGCGUCGCCGGGGCUGCUGCCGCCGCGCGUGGCCGCGCUGGACGAGCCGCACAGGAACGCGCUGCACGGCUACCUGCAGCGGUACAACCUGCAGAUAUGCUAGAUGCAUUUACAAUUG